AUGCAUCUCAUGUGUACCGUCGAUGCCUCGGGCAAGCGUACCUACACCCUGAAGAAGAUUACGAGCGACGCCAAGGUGACCAAGUCUGCCCACCCGGCACGCUUCUCUCCCGAUGAUAAGUGGUCGCGCCAGCGGGUGACGCUGAAGCGCCGCUUUGGUCUGCUCAAGCUUGAGAAGCAGCAAUAG